CAGUAGAAGCAGUAGAAAUGUCUCCAGAGGAGGAGUCGAUACUGAAAAUUGAAAACAUGGAGCCUGAAGUUAACAACAGAAGCGCCACGGCUGCGAUUAAUGUAGAUGAGAGUGUCAGUUUCUCCAGUGUGAGCUCCGUCGCUACAGGCUGGAUGCUGGACUUUAUGUUCGUCAGUUUGUGUCGACGGUUCAAGGAGGGGAGGUUUGAUGAGUUCAGUAAAACGGUCUCGGCUUUCGAGGCCCUUUGUCAGAGCUCAUCUCUGAAAGGAAACCUCCACAAUGAGAAAACACUCAUAUGUGCCUUCCUGGCAAGAGUCAUGCAUGGAAAGGAACUGGAUGUCCUGUUUGAGGAAGAUGACCAUGUGAUGCCUCUGAUGUCCGCUGCCAAAGUAUGGUCAAGCCUACAGCACACUGUGGCAGAUGAAAAUGUGUUCAAAAACAUCACCAUUCUUUUGCUUGUCCAGUCUGUGGCUGUGUGCUUGGAGAAAGGCCAAAGAUCGUCUGCUUCCUCUGUCCUCAAGUGGCUUGACAAGAACCGUGAAUUCCCACAGAACUUGAGAGUUAAGCUGUCGACAGUAGUGGCACAGAGGGACACUUACCACCCGUUCCUCAUGAGCUUCAGCUUCAGCCGUUUGCUGGAAACGAUACAGUCUUACUUGGAUGCCUACUUGGAGAAGAAUCCCUGUGACUACCUUCUCAAGGAAGCCACAAAGGUGGUGCAGUCGUCACAGAACACUGACGGCUUGGAGGACACGAUGACGCAGGAGGAGAGCACUCUGUCAGAGGAAGAAAACAAAUCAGCAGUGGAGAGAAAGAAAAAGAAGAGCACUGUGCAGUUGAGGACAAAACGGAAACUACUGUCAACUAAAAUUACAGAUGUAUGGCAAACUGAUUCCUGCAAGACGCCCGUUGUCUCUGUCAAAAGACUCGCCAUGCACGAGCUGUCUCAGAUGACAGCUGUGAAGUCAGAGGACACCUCAACGAUCCAGAAAACAAGGAAACCACCGCAGAAAUGGACCCCCCAGCUGGACAAAUACCUCAAGGAUGGAGUUAAACGUCACGGCCAGGGGAAGUGGUCUCGCAUUUUAAAGGAUUAUGACUUUGAAGGACGCACUGGCACCAUGCUCAAAGACCGCUGGAGAGUUCUGAUGAGGGCAGAUAAAGUAGGCUGAAGAAGGGAAGAGCGACCCUUUUGAUUUGUACAGUGUAGCACUUUAUCUGUAAAUAUUAAUAAUGAAUUAAUGUUAUCAGCUGUUUGCUAAUUGCUGAAGAUUUCCUUUGUGAUUUUGGUUUGUUGCUUGUUGUUUUUAUUAUAUGAUGCUUCUGAUAGUUUGCAAAGUUUGUAAGUGUGCACGUUUGACUUGUGCAUUGUAGCAGUUGUCAAUGAAACCUGGUACUGGUUACCUUGGUCAGUUAACACCUUUCAGCCCACUGUCCAAACUGGUCCGUCAUAUUGUGGCUGUGUUGUGUUCUGCUCUAAUUGCACUAAAGAAAUAUCACCACCAGAGGGCGCUCAACACAGACCAAUGAUCUGGGCUGUUUUGUUUGUAUGAUGAGGAAUCAUGUUUUUGUACCCUUAAAAAGAAUCAGCUCACAAAUGUAACACAUUUUUAUAAUUUUAAGUUAAACAUUUUUACAGAAAAAUGUUAAAAAACAAACACAACAGUGGCGUGUUACAAUAAAAAUAUGCAAAAUCAA